UGCAAGAAGAUACCUACUGAUUUCCCUAACCUAAUUUGACUCCGUGAAAUCCAAAUGACGUCAUCGGCGUCGCCGCCGCAGUGGCAGUGGGAAACCGCCACCGCAGGCGCCGUCGCCGGACUCGCAACCGUGGCGGCGAUGCAUCCCCUCGACGUCGUCCGCACGAGGUUUCAAGUCAACGACGGCCGAGUCUCCAAUCUUCCGACUUACAAGAACACGGCGAACGCUAUCUUCACCAUUGCUCGAUUGGAGGAACUGAGAGGACUCUACGCUGGCUUCUCUCCUGCUGUGAUUGGCUCCACUGUUUCGUGGGGUUUAUACUUCUUCUUCUAUGGAAGAGCCAAACAGAGGUAUUCUAAGAACGGGGAUGAGAAGCUGAGUCCUGCUCUUCAUCUUGCUUCUGCAGCAGAAGCUGGUGCUCUGGUCUCUUUGUGCACAAAUCCUAUUUGGCUUGUAAAAACAAGAAUGCAGCUUCAGACUCCUCUCCAUCAAACACGACCAUAUUCUGGUUUUUAUGAUGCCUUGAGAACUAUAAUCAGGGAGGAAGGAUGUGCUGCAUUGUAUAAAGGUCUUGUUCCUAGCCUUUUUCUGCAGGUCUCCCACGGAGCUAUUCAAUUCACUGCAUACGAAGAACUCCGUAAAAUUAUUGUUGACUUCAAGUCUAAAAAAAGCACAAGUAAUUCUGGAAGUUCAGAUUCCGUGUUGAAUUCACUUGACUAUGCAGCCUUAGGGGCAUCAUCCAAAGUCUCUGCCAUACUUCUCUCAUAUCCAUUCCAGGUUAUACGAUCUAGAUUGCAGCAACGACCUAGUUCUGAAGGAAUUCCAAGAUAUAUCGAUAGCUGGCAUGUAGUGAGGGAAACGGCACGGUUUGAGGGCAUCCGAGGCUUCUACAAGGGAAUCACACCAAACCUUCUCAAAAAUGUUCCUGCUGCUUCAAUAACAUUUAUUGUAUAUGAAAAUGUACUGAAAUUUCUGAAGUUAGCAAAAAGGAACGAGUAGGAUUUUUCUCCUGGUUCUGAAUCCUUUGUAUUCUUUUUACAGAAACAUUAUUUGAAGUUGAAAAUGUGGGAAUGAAAAAGUAUUGGAAGGUGUUAUGGGCAAAACAUAGAAUAUGCUUAUGAAGGAGAGAAUUUCUUGGGAGACUUCCUGAGAGCGCUCUCAACAUUGUAUCAAAUACUGCAAAAAUCGUUUUGAUGAAGAGAGAUUCUUGACCUGAAAAUUCUAAUGAUUGUGAGAGUGGGCCCAAGAAAACUAGUGAUAAGGAAUUGCAGGCUAACUUGCUAAAUACAAAUACAUCAUAUUCUAAUUUCUUUUCUUUUAUCAGAUGUGCAUAUGCUAACUUCUUUGUGAUUACUCCAAUCUGUUGUAGCUCAACUUCACUCUCAAUUUCUUACUAACAUUUUUAACUUUUCCCAUGUCUCCAGAGAGAAACUUCACCUGCUGUUUAGCUUCACACUCUGCUUAUGAUCAUUGGGAAGGAAAGUAUAUGGUUGGAGACUUCUUGAUGGUUCUCUUCUUGAAUAAAAUGGUGUCCGUCUAUAACAACCACUUCCAGGUCCGGGACAAGGCUCUUGAACUCAUCACCUUCCACAAAGUCCUUUAC